AUGACCGUCAACUCGAAGGUGGUGGUCGGUGCUACGGGGAAGCAGGGAGGUUCUGUCGCUCGUUCUCUUCUUCAGAAUAAAUACUUUCACGUACGCUGCAUUACUCGAUCCCCCACAUCCGCCAAGGCCAAGCAGCUUGCCAGCCUGGGGGCCGAGAUGUGUCAGGCAGAUGGCUUCAGCGAGACUGACCUGCUUCGCGCUUUCAAUGGGAGCUGGGGAGCCUUCGUCAAUACCAACUCCGAGAACCCCGAACUUGCUAGUAACGGACGCACAGACGAAGAGCUAGGCAAGAAUAUCGUCCGGUGCGCUGCGCUUGCCGGAGUCCAGCACCUGGUGUACACUCCAACCCGCAACUGA